AAUGAAUCCACGCGGUGAUGGCUAGAUCUCAAGAUUCGAUCAAGAAGCACGGUGAUCAAUCUGCACAACAGGCUAUGGAUACUUACCGUAACUCCACACUCCAGAUCAGACUGAAAAACACCAUUUAGAGAAAUUGUCUACUAGAAUCGUUUCAGCCUUGUAGACUUGUGGUGAAAAGAAAUUCCUCUCCAGCAUUCAAUUUCAGCAAAGGUGAAACAGUGAACGUGGACAACCAACCAUCCACAACAACAGGAACUGAAUUACACCAACAGACUCCUGUUUGCGCCACCAAACAGACUAUGAUUCAGGCAUCCACCUUCUUGCCAGUUCUGUUAAUCGUGGCAUUGUGAGACCAAUGCAUCAGUCAAAAGUACAUACCAGUACCUUCAGCUCAACUAAUAACUUGCGCUGGAACCCUGGGUAUUAUCAUGAAAGAAUUUAUUCAAUACCAGGUUUGCAAAGUGAAACAAAUAUACCGCUGGAUAGAGUUGAUCUGAAAGCAUUGAGUGAUUCAAGAACAGGAAGGUCGCUGAACAGAGAAAGAUCAGGCCCUGAUCCUGAUCUAAAACUGCCAUGGUUCCAUCAGUGUACUCAGGGAUGCCAUAUUGCUUUGUCCAAACACAUACUUGCAUGCUGUUGCCUGCCUCAGUCACAGUGUCAGGAUGCCAAUAGUGACACUUCAUUACAGUAUUGCACAGCACAUUACUGCUUGCCAGCAUGGAAAAGACCUUUUGACCCAUCAAGAUAUGACCCUUGCUCAUUGCCCAAAAAGAUAUGCUCUGAUUAUGUAAGCAACCCAUAUGGAACCCUCCCUCCUUGUCACAGGAUGGCUGUUAGUAACUGGGAGUUAAAUGGCCCUUUGGCCAGACCACAGUAUGGUAGCAGAAAAACGCCACUGAAUUUUGGAUUAACCCAACCAGAAUAUUGCUCAAGGCAAAACCUUCCUGUCAGAUGCAAUAAUCAGUUCAGAAGCACAAAGCCAUGGGUAAAUUGCUGUCAGAAGCCUAUGUGGCAGCAUUGUCAUCAAACUAUGGGCCCGAGAGAGUACCAUAGUAAGCUUGGGAAAGAUCAUUCCAGAUCUUAUUGCAUCAAACCUCGGAUGUCAAAUUAUGCUUGCAGACCAUGCUCAGGACUUCCGGGGGCUCCAACAAAUGCAGCAGGACGUCCAAGUUUUGAAAGAAAUCCCAACCCACAUGCUCUUAUCACAUCGUCUAGAGAUGCUGCAUGGGAUCAGUCAAACUCGUUUAAGCACAGUGGUUACAACAGCUUCAGUUCCUGUCGCCCAAGCAUGGCAGAUGAGCAUCAGAAAAGAAAUGACUUUGGGGGCUUUGUGAACAAUGCACAUAGAAGAAGCAGUAGGAGAAGAUACAGAAGAACCUUGAAUGCAAGACGAAGACUAACUUUUGAAAGAGUAGAGCCACCUCAUAUAGAAACAGAAAUCCGAGAAAAAAAUUCGGAAACUCAGGUUUCAAGUUUUUGGUCUCGUGACCCGAGGAAGAAAGAACCAUUAGCUAAUGGUGGGAAAUUUGAUUCUCGUGUGAUAGAGAAGAAAAUUAUACACACUCAAAACCCACGUGAGUUACCAGUGACAAUGGAAACACGUAAACCUUCACCUAAAAUUCAGUCUACACUCCCAAAAGCUAUGACUUCUAUGACAAGAGCAGAUGUCAUUGGUGCUGUUAGUGGAAAAGGCAGUAGCAUUUCAGAAUCCAUGGAAACAACACAUAGUGAAGCUACAUGCAAUAGAAAUGUAGCUCAGGCCUUGGUCUGCAAUUUAUCAAUAUCAGUUCUAAAUCAGCAGAAAAAAGUAUGUGAACCUGUGGUUGCAGAGCAAUGGGUGAACUCAUUGAGCAAAGAUGUAAACUCAUUGGUAUUUUGUAGUGAUGACAUGAAUGGUCCUUCGCAGUCUGAAACUCCUUCAUCUUCAGUCCCUGACAGCAUAACAGGUGAUUUAACUCCUCCAAGCGCAAUGGUAGAAUUGAAAAAUACACCUCUGUCAGCCAGAAAACCACUGACAACCACUUUGUCAGGAGUCCAUGGAUGCAGCCAAACAGUUCAUGUUAAUCCAACUUCAGUUGAUCUCUCUGAAAUGCCAACACAAAACAGCACUCCUCCUUGUCAGCCUGUAAGCCUUAUGCCAAGAACUCAUGACACAGAUAUGCUUAUUAGGGGGAGAAGAGUCAAGUGUUUCCUUUCUUCAUCAGGAACUGUAAAAUCACUUAGUCUGUUAGGGAAAUUCACCUUCAUGGGUUCAGUGUCUUUGAAGCAAGGCGUAAUUAGUCCAAUGCGACCUCGUUUCAUGCACAGCUUAACACCAGUUAAAAUGCAACGUGUCACUUGUUUUACCAACAAAACCUGGAAGACAGUGGAGAGUAGAACUAGUAUGAAUGGGAAUAUGAAGGCAGGAAAAGUGAAACAAUGCCAUGGGAGCACAAGAAAAUGUGCAGAGAGCAUCAAAACUGGAGCUUCUUUCACUGGAGCACAGACAAAAGAUGUGCACACCCAUAAAUUAAAAGUUGAUCCUGAGUUCUUGGCCAAUAUCAAGACAAGUGUUGCAAAACUCUUGAGAAGUAAAUGUGUGAAAACGACAGCUGAACAACCCAAAAAAGGUGAACAACUUAGUCCUGAAUUCAGCAGUAAUUCUAGAUGCCUUUGGGACUUGUACCCAUCUUUAAACAUGACUCCGCAAAGAUGCGAAAGGCCUAGCACAGCCACAGUCUAUCAGUUUCAAGAGAAAAAAGCCAUGGAUAAUCACUCACUUAAUGCUUGCACCAAACCCUGGGUGGGCCGAUCUGACACAAGAAGUAGUGCAAGAAAGGCCAGUAGCAGUGAAAGAAAAAGUUUAUCUGCUAUAACAUUGUCUGAUGAGAAUGAUUUGCAUACACAGUUGAUUUCUGAGAAGGAGAGGGAGGCAUGUCAGGGUAUUGAAGAACAGAGUAACUUCUGCCCAGAAAUUAGUCAAGGUAACAUGACUGAUGUUGAAUCAUCUGUGAUUCAGAGAGAGCCAAUGGAACAGCUGUCCACCACUCCAUGGUCUUCACUUCCUUUAAAAUUGCCCAGUUCCAAAGAAACUGGCUCAGUCCACACACUGACAGAGGACAUUCAAGAAAUAGAAACCAAAACAGAUGCUUGCUCAUUAUGGCAAAGAGAAAAUAAAUUGAACACUUGCUCUGCCUUGACAGACACAACAGUAGUUACAUUUACUCCAUCCAGAUCCCAUGCAGAAAAGAGAUGUAGUUGUCACGCCCCUACUCUGUCCACAAACCAGCCUAAUCCAAAUGACCUGUCUGCUGAGAGACCAGACCCUGUACCAGUCUCAAGCCCAGAGGUACGUUUUAAAACUCCCAGUGCACAGGAGCUUGAUAUUACAAUUAGUCCUCCAAAGCUGGAUGCAGCUGCUGAUGAAUUGAAUGUAAGUCAUGAUGUGGACAAAAGCAUCAAUUCUCCAAAUUUUUUAACUCCAAGUCCUCCUAUUUUGACCCCCGUGUUGGUACCUAAGAAUCGUAAUUGUUCCACACAGCCACAGUUUGCAUCAGUAUCUAAGGAAACUGCUCUUUAUGCCAGUGCCUGCCCAGAGGAGUCUUUAAAUAUUCUGGCUGGUGUUUGCGAUAUGGAAAAGGCAAGGAUUGAAACAGAAAGAGCUUUGUCUCUGAAACCAGUGCUAAACACAGCAACCGAUGUCCCGACAUUUACGAAAAGCAUGUUUCACAAACUGAAUCCGCUGGUAUCAACAACUAGUCCCAGCUUAAGUUCUAACACAGAUCUUAGGAGCACAGUGAACAGUAUGGACUAUGGAGGAUGUACAUGUAAAUUUGGGGAGAAAAGAGCCAAAAGUCCACAACUCGUUAACAGCUGUGCUCAAGACACUAGUAAUGGAGAUAAAGAUUUGAUCCAGCAUAGUAAAGCCAGGAAUCUGAAUGAAAAGGCUGCUGUUAACUUAGAAAAUGUUCAAAUUGGUGAUAUUUGGAAAAGAAAGCGUAAGGCAACCAAAAAAAGCACACAGCCAAAAAAUAGGCGAUACAACAAGUUAAUGGCUGAAGCGAAGUCAAGGAGUGUGAAAGAAAGAAAGUUUGAUCAUGAUGUGAAGGGAAUAGUCAUUGGUAAUAUUAAGGAAACUGACUCUUUCAGAAAAUCAACAAGAAAAAGGCACUACAAAAAACAUGACAGAAUGCCAUUUGAUUAUGUUUCUGUCGAUAGAAGAAAGGGUAAAUCUGCUGACAAGAUUUCUCUAAGUUGUGAAGCCUUGAUCAAAGUGACAAGAAUUGAUAGUGGUGCAACAAGACCUGUUAUUGUAGACGAAAGACAAUGUUGCAAUGUCACUGAUACAGCCAUUGCUUCAAAAGAGCCAAGCAAAAUUGCAGCAACAUUAUCAGAGAGAAAGGAAGAUAGAGCAGCAAAGUUUUCUGCACAAAAAUCCUGGAGUGCAGACGAUGGGAGCCGUAUAGGUAAAUAUACCUCAAUGUCUAUAGGCACUGCGCUGUCCACCGUCGUGCAGUCUCCAGAUUUUAAGCGGUGUAGGCCUUUAAAAAUUCCUGUGAGUCGAAUUCAGUUAGACAAGUACCAUGGACAGACCAAACAAAAGGGAGACAAAAGACGUGGUUUUGAACUUAGUGAGAAGGACAGUUGGAAUAGUGCUGAUGGUCAAGGGACAACUUCAGUGAAUAGAAUAUCAGGCAAGAGACUUGACUUCAAGCCAGCUGUGGAAGGAGAGUCACAUACAAACACAGGCUCUGGAGAUCAGCAUGUUACGGGCACAGAUUAUGUCAGCAAUGCUAAACUUCCUGAAUCCUGUGAUUCUGAAAGACUGAAAGCAGAGGAUCAAAAUUUCCCAGAGAAGGUUGAUCAUGUUGCCUUUGAUGGGUCAGUAUUACAGGCCAACAAUGCUGAGCAUGCUUUAAUGAACAAGAAAGCAAAUGCUUCUCUAAAGUGUGUGAAUGUAAAUCAAGAUUUUUCAGAGCAAUCUUUGGACAAAGAAUGUCAUCAACCCAAAAUACAGAUAGAUUUCACAACAUCAAACAAAGAUGUUCAGGGUCAGAGCUUUGUUAAAGCUGGCUCUUCUGUGUUCCCUGUUCGUGUCAUUUCAAAGCCACUCAUUUCUUGCAAAUUUUGUAACCAUUAUUCAGCCCGGUCGCAACCAGAGGUCAACUGGCAUGUAAGAGAAGCACAUCCAUUCCGCUGUUACAAGUGUUUUAAGACAUUCCAGAGUAAGGAGGAAAGGUUGGCUCACAGGAGAGACCACAUAACAAAACUCCAUCACUGCUCAUUGUGUAACCGAGCGUUCACCAAGUAUUACUUUUACAUAAAGCAUAUUAAAGGUCAAGCUCACCGGCAGUGCCUUCAGGUACAGCGAAACACUUUAAAGCUGAUUCGAGGAGAUUUGCGCAAACAGAUGAGAGCGCUUGAAGACUCUCAAAGAUACAGAGAUUUGUUAGCCUUGGAUAACCAGCCGUUUGAUGUACCUAAAACCCUGAAUAGAAAAGAAAAUCCUAAACAGGAUUCAGCCAUUGAACACGUUUAUCAUGGAAAUAAGGUUUUCCAACGUCAGAUGGCAAAAUUUGUGGAGAAGGAGCUGAGUAGGAUGAUAACGUUAGCUGUGGCUCAGAUGUGUAGUAGUGGGACACAAACCCAACUGGAUCUACCUGAGAACCUGGAGGCAGAAGGUGACAAGUGGUGUGCCCCAAUAUUUGCCCUACCUGCACCAGCAACAUCAGGCGCCAUCUCACAAUCUGCACCAUCAAAAUGUACUGAGACGGUGUACACUGUGUCCAAGACAGCACCACCAGGAUGUAUUGUGACGCCAUGCACCAUUUCUCAGCCUGCGCCAUCAAGACAUGUGGAGUCAUCUUACACUGUAUCCAAGGCUGUAACAUCAUCAUGCAAAGAGGCACCAUAUACAAUGUCCCAGUCUGAACACAACUACUCUUCCUCAACAUUCACCCUGAGCCAGGAUGAUGACGCCUUCCUGACAAGCCUACUAGAUGUAGGAGAUGUGAAGAAAUGCAAGAAUCUUCCCUCCACUAACAACUCACCAGAAAAUGUCACCGACAGCCUGCUGCCCCACUUCGGUUGGAUCACUCAAUCAAUGGAUGUGAUACAGUGGGCAGAUGAUUUCAUAUCGGAGCUGGGCAGCAACUCACCAGGCUGGACGCUUCCCACAACCACCCAGUCCAUGGUCAAAACUGAAGACACUUCACAGACUAGUACCACCACAGAAUCCACGCAGGAUAUAGACUUAACCUCUCUGCUGAGAGACCUUCCCAAUGAUGAUACCACAAACAAUGUUCCUGAAGCGACCAUUGUAGACUCAGAGUCUCUGAAGACUGCAGACUUGAACUUUGGAGAGAACCUUCUCUUACUGUUGUAAGGUAAAGCAUAUAUACAGGCGUGUAGGUGAAACUGUACUAUAGCUAUUCAGUAAUGCCUCUCUGCUGCUGUAAGCCACUUACUUGUAGCUGAUGGUGAAACUCAGUACUGUAGUGAAGACAGGGCCUCUCUGCUGAGUAUAGAUUACCUUUUCUUUGAUUACAAGUUUCUUCUUAACCUGAGUGGAUAUAUGCAACAGAGGUAAAGGUGAAACUUUACUCUAUCUAUGACAGUAAUUUAUCUCUGCUGGGAAAGAUUGGCGUAUAAUAACUUCUCAGUAAAAUAUUGAUUUGUUUACGCACGCUGUGUGUAUAACUACUGAUGUGUAACUGAUGUACAGGCUGCUGAAAAUGUGUGCUGUUCUGUCUCCAAUAGUACUACUUUCUUUCACCUGCCUUUCAGUUUGUCUGUUUUCCAGUGUAUACAAACAUGUCCUAUUGCUCAAGUUAAUCAUCCAGUAAUGUAAAACCCUACAAGUGAUUUAUUGUCCUUUUGAAAUGUCAUUUUGAGAACUUGAUACAUAAAAUGUAACUGUUUAUGGAAAUAUAUUCAUGAUGCUGCUUUCAACUCACUGUGCACAUAGUGGAGAAAUGUCUCAUGUGAAUUGAUUUGUUAUGUUAUGAUUCAAAAUUUCAUGUGAAGAGUUUUGGAGCAAAACCUGGGUGUGUAUACUGGGUAUGUGAAACAGCUGUUUUUUUGUUUUUGUUCUUUUUUUGACUGUUAUUUGCUGAGGAUUUGUUCAUACCAGAUUUACUCAGGUCAUUGUUGAUAACGUUUGAAACACAUGUACAUGACUCCAUACUUGAUACCAGUCAUGAGAGUUAUACAAUUUACAGCACUACACUUUACCUCUGUAUGUACAUUGAUGAAUGUAUUCAUUUUAAGUUUGACAUAUAUGACAUAUGAUGUGUGAUUGAUAUUCAUGUAAUUUGCAAAAAGGUGUUGAGAUAUGUGUCUUCUUGUAGCUGAGAUAAUCCCUCGGUUGAGAUAUUCCGCUAACUUGUGUAAUUAACAUGUACUUAUACAUGCUGCACUGUACAGGUACAUGUAGCAUGUAAAUAACACGGGUUAUUAUGGUAUCACAAACUUAAAAUGUGCUUCCUCUCAUAUGUAUUGUUCAUAAAAAGUGCUUACUCAUGAUUUUAUAUCAGUUAUAUCAGUCACAACUUGGCUAUGGAAAUGGCAUUUAGUGUUGAUUAUUAUAUAUGCCAUAUAUAACCAAAUGCUUUUGUUUCAUUUUUAUAUACAGUUCUAUUUUAAGUCAUUUUUACAGAAUUUUUUGGAAUAAAGUAGUGGAUUAGUGACUCGCAAGUUGGCGGUUCGGGUGACCAUGCUCUUGUAUUAAACAGCCAUAAUCAUCCCUUCUUUUUUGUGACAUCACUAUACAACUGGUUGGAACAGACUUUUGUAGAAUUAGUAGACCAUAGUUACAUUUAGUUAUUCUCCUUUGGUCACUUUUCUGUAUUUCUUUUUGAAGUUUAGCUAUUACUUCAUUGUAUUUUUUAAAACUGACAGAAAAAUGUUCUUCUUGAUACACAUUUAAAUUUACUAUUGAUCAGUAUUGCUGGCAUCUAUGUGCAAGAUAGUAUAUAUAUUUUUAACUUCUUAAUGAUUCAUAAAUAGUCUUAAGCUAUUUUAAUAGUUAUAUUGAAUUUUUAUACUGUUUGAGUUUUAUUAGUCAUAAUUGGUACAUUUAUUUUUUCAUGGUGAUGAGAAAUGCAAAGAAAGUGUACAUCACUAUCAUUUCAGCAAAACUAUCUCUUUUUCUUAUAGUCUGAAGAUACAGAAGCACAGGUUUGCUUGUACAGUAUACCCAGAGACAAUAAGUCAUUCGCAGGAAAGAACUUUUUCUCAAAGGCCUAAUGGCAGAAUAAAAUUUGUAUUACCAUUUUACAUUUAAGCAGUGAUUUGUAAGAAUUUACUUCUGACCGUUUUGUUUCGGUAUUUGUAUAUACCAGUCACAGCUGGUAUUACAUGGAAAUAUCCGGUGCUGCAUGUUUCUUAAUAUGUAGUACAGGAUGUGUCUUAACACAUAAACAUGUGAAAAAGCCAUGUAGUUUUCUUGCAGCUGGGACAUAAAAGUGGUUUAAGCUGCAGUUUACCUAUGGCCCCAGUAGUCAAUCCAGAAAUUAAGUGGCUUACAGUUGUAACAUGAGUGGUGAUACGUGAUAAAACAAUUCUGUUCCUGGGUGAAGAGUGUGAAUGUGGGGGCUCAUGGAAGGGUUAAUUAAAGGUGAAAAUUAUGCUUUUUUACAAAAACCGUAAUCUUCAUCUUGUAGCUCAGACCUUUUCAUGUAUCCUGUAAGAUUGGUUUACAAAAUGUUUGUUUUACAGUGAUUUCCAGUUACCCAGUCAUCCUUGAAUCCAGCAGAGCACUCAUUCUUCUCAGAUUGCUCUCCUUAAUCACUGCUGUUGUACAGUAUCUCAGCCCUCUUAACAAUUUUUCUCAACAAUUCCGCCGAUAUGGAUCCAGUGAAUCAUGACAGGGCACCAUUUCCUCUCUAGAUUAUUUGCCUCUGUCCUCAAGAUCAGAGAACUUGAAAGUCAAAAAGCAACUUCUUUUCUCGUGCAAUUUCCUCUUCUCAUUAGAAAUGGUCUCGGCAGAGCCAACUCAAACUGGAAGUUUUCACUUGUAUGACAGCAAUCGGGG